GAGAAGAGAAGUUUUAGUUUCUCUCUCCUGUUCUUGCUAGAUUUCCUUCUUUACUCUCUCUCUCUCUCUUUCUCUGUCUUUCUCCCCUCUAAUAUCGGAUUGCCACUGACAACGAAGAGAGAGAGGAACGAGAGGCUGCAUCUUCACCUGAGCGGAAAACCUGCAUUACAUCCUCUCUCUCUCUCUCUCUCUCUCUCUCUCUCUCUCUCUCUCUCUCUUCUGGGUUUUCUUCGGCAGGUCUCCGGCAAGGAACAAAACCCCCCUCCUGCGCCAUUGAAGGAAACCGAGACACACUUUCUUCGUUGCUGCUCUGCCUCUGGUGGUGGCGGAGGGUUUUCUUUUUUCCAGAUGCCGGAAAAGGGAGCGAGCUCGCCCCCGCCGUUUCAUAAAUGGGUUCACCGGCCGAGCCCGGUGGUGCACUGGCGGUUCGGGGUGUUGAGCGCCUUAGUCUUUGUGGGCAUGUUGGUGGUUUGGAGCAUAGAUGGGUGCACGAUUAACAGCCUUCUUGACGCAUGGAGGUUUAAGCAAGAUUACGAGUCCAUAAAGGUCCAAGGUUCUAAUUCUGAUCUAUCGUUUGACCCCCAUCAAAAUCAGACCGUGACCCGUCAAGGGUUGACAUCAAACGCCUCGCGACUUCCUGUUGAUUUGUCAGACGAUGUUCCCCAAGUCCCGGUCAAUUUGAAUGGUAGCUCAGAUUCAGGUGGCUUUGUGGAAGACCCUCACCGGAAGGAAGAGAAAAAUGUAGUGGAUGUAGUUGUUCCAGAUUGGGUUUCGUCCCAAUUAGAGCCCAACUUCACCUCCAGUCUCCUCUCGAGGUGGCUGGCUCCUGGGGGAGAGCCUUGCAGGGAAUCCAGGACGGAGGACAUUUCGAUUCCUGGGAUAGAUGGUAAGGGUUCGAUUGAAUUGUCGGCUGGGGCUGUUCAUGAAUUUGAUUUCACUGCGUUGGAUGGGGCGGGAAAUUUGCGGUGUCUGGGCGGCGAUUAUUUUGAAACCGAUCUUUCCGGUGAGUCUUGGAAGUCGAGGCCCCUGGUGAAGGAUUUCGAUAAUGGAUCUUAUUCGGUCUCACUUCAGGUUCAUCCAGAUUUCGUGGGGGAUUACAAUCUGACGAUCAUCCUGCUGUAUAGGCACUUUGAAGGGCUCAAGUUCUCGCCGGGCCGGUUCGUGUUUGAUCGGGAGCUAAGAAAGGUCUCAAUAAGGUUCUAUAAGAGCGAGGUGAAACUGCCAGAGCUGCAUCUUUGUGGCAAAUCUGAUUUUGGUAAGGAUGUUUGGUUUGGCCGCUGGACCCAGCAUGGCAAGAACGAUGAUUGCCAAAUCAGCAAUGAUGGUCGUUACCGGUGCCUUGCGCCGGAUUACAGGUGCCAGAGCCCGUGGUGCGAUGGCUUGUUAAGCCUUUUAGAGAGUAAUGGUUGGGUAUAUUCCGCACACUGUUCAUUCAAGAUAUUUUCGCCUGAUGCUGCCUGGAAUUGCUUGAAGGGCCGGUGGAUGUUCUUCUGGGGUGAUUCGAAUCACGUCGACACGAUUAGGAACAUGCUCAAUUUCAUCUUGGAUUUGCCUGAAAUUCCAUUAGUCCCUCGAAGAUUCGACAUGAACUUUUCGAACCCUAAAGACGCUUCUCAAUCUGUACGGAUCACGAGCAUCUUUAAUGGCCAUUGGAAUGGGACCCAAAAUUAUGAGGGUCUCAACUCACUGCAGGAUGAAGGGUUCCGCAGCUUAUUGAAGAAGUACUUUUCGGAAGAGACCGUACCGGACACCAUAAUCAUGAACUCCGGUUUGCAUGAUGGUGUCAAAUGGAGAAACGUAAGGGCAUUCUCGGUUGGAGCACAAUAUGCCGCCUCUUUCUGGGCAGAGGUGAUGGAGGGGGUGAGGCAGAGGGGCUUGGUCGUGCCGAGGAUUUUCUAUCGUACCACGGUAGCUACAGGUGGCUAUGCCCGAGCGCUUGCAUUCAAUCCUAACAAGAUGGAGGCGUACAAUGGGGUGGUGAUUGAUAAGUUCAGACAAGCCGGGUUGGUAUCCGGCGUGAUCGAUAACUUUGACCUCACCUACCCGUGGCACUUCGAUAACCGGUGCAACGACGGGGUCCACUACGGCCGCGCCCCGGCGAAGAUGAAGUGGAGGGAUGGGGAAAUCGGGCACCAGUAUUUCGUGGAUCUCAUGUUAGCUCAUGUGCUGCUCAAUGCGCUAUGCUCGAGAUAGGAUUGGAAAAGGAAAAAAAUUCCUCAAGUAGGAAAAAAUUUUCGAUACGUUCUGAGGAAAGAGCAUCUGAGAACAGAUGUUCUUGCACACGCCGCCAGUUCCUCAAAGUGCAGACAUCGGCAGACUGCCAAGAGAUGCAAGGGUUGUCUCGGCAGUCGGAGGCCAAGUACGUAGCAGUAGCAGUAGCAUUACCCGGUGUGUUGGUUGUGCUUGUUAGCAUGAAAACAGUCAUCAUUCUUUGAUUUUUCCACCUUCCCUCGGUGUUUUCGGAUGUAUGUAUACUAUGUCAUGUAACACACGAUGCCGAUAUCUGUAUAGUAUGAGAAAAGUUCCUGA